AUGACUGAAACCGCAGUUUGCGUUGGAACGUUCUCUGCUGUGAAGACGCUUUGGGAAGUGAGAAUACACAAAAUAAAUGAAGAAUUACGGAAAGAAAAGGAGUUCAGACAGAGGUCUGCAGGAAGGCUACUGCUUGUCUGGGAGGAGAGAGCCGCGUUAGCAAAGCUCAAAGAAAAGGUUAUUAACGAAGAUGGAAGAGCCAUUUUAAGGAUAGAGGAAGAAGAAUGGAAGACACUACCUUCGUGUUUACUGAAACUAGUGCAUCUCCAGGAAUGGCAGCUUCAUAGAACUAAUUUGCAGAAAAUUCCUCAGUUCAUUGGAAGAUUUCACAAUCUUGUUGUUCUGGAUCUAUCCCGGAACUCAGUUGAAAGUGUCCCUAAAGAAAUUGGCCAGCUGACCAACCUCCAAGAGCUGCUUCUCAGCUACAACAGGAUAAAGUCUGUUCCUAAGGAAAUAAGUAACUGCGUCAGUCUGGAAAGGUUGGAACUGGCUGUGAACAGGAGUAUCUGUGAUCUUCCUCCUCAGCUCAGUGAUUUAAAGAAGCUUUCACACAUAGAUUUGUGCAUGAAUCAGUUUACUACCAUCCCUCCAGCUCUUCUCAACAUGCCAAAUCUAGAAUGGUUAGAUAUGGGGGGAAAUAAACUCCAGGAGCUUCCUGAAGCGAUUGACAGAAUGGAAAAUCUCCACACAUUAUGGCUCCAAAGAAAUGAGAUAAAGUCUUUGCCAGCAACUAUUAGAAAUAUGACAAAUCUUAGUACUCUUGUUCUUAGCAACAACAAACUCAAGGAUAUUCCAGCUUGUAUGAAGGAUAUGACAAAUCUAAGGUAA